AUUCUGCACCGGAGCUGCACUACACGUUCAUCGAGCAGGCGCUGCGGCCGGGAGGCGCCGUGUCGCUGCGCUGCGCCGCGUCCGGAUCGCCUGCGCCGCGCUUCACCUGGCUGCUCGACGACCAGCCGCUCGACCAGUACCGCGCGCAACACAGAUACUUUAUUAGCCAGGAGAGCUCCGCGAACGGUGACGUGGUGUCGGUGCUGAACAUGACGGCGGCGGCGGCGACCGACGGCGGUCGCUACACCUGUCGCGCGCACAACCAACUCGGCCGCGCCGCGCACUCCGCGAGACUCAAUAUAUACGGUCCGCCGUCGAUCCGCGCGCUAGGCCCCGUGCGCGUGGUGGCCGGUGCCAACGCGACGCUCUACUGCCCCUACGCCGGAUAUCCGAUCAGGUCCAUAGAGGUGCAUUUGUGGGAUCAUUCCUCUUACACUCACCAACACUCUGACUCGAUCUCGUGGUGGCGGCGUGGCGCAAGCGUAGCGGUGGGCGGCGCAGGACGCGUGGCGGCGCGCGGCGCUGAGCUGCGCCUCACGCCGGCGCUGCCCGCCGACGCGGGACACUACGCGUGCGCCGUGGCUGCGCCCGCCGGACCCGCCGCCAGGCAAGACAUUGAGAUUCAAGUCCGAAACCCGCCAAAAAUAUCACCGUUCAUGUUUUCAUCGGAGCUGACCGAGGGCAGCUCGGUGCAGGUACUAUGCGGAGUGUCGUCCGGCGACAAACCUAUGUACUUCUCGUGGGUGAAGGAUGGCGCGCCGCUACCGGCUAACCUACAGAUCGAAGAGAAGAGCUUAAACGAGUUCUCGCUGCUAAUGUUCUCGGAACUCACAGCGCGCCACAGCGGCGACUACACAUGCCGCGUCUCCAACCACGCCGCCACCGUCAACUACACCGCCACGCUCAACGUCAAAGUGGCGCCGGCGUGGGUGACGGAGCCGCUGGACGCCGCCGUGCUGCUCGGCGCGCCGCUGCUGCUGCACUGCGCCGCCAGUGGACACCCGCCGCCCACACUCGUCUGGUACAGAAGAAUAGGUGAAGUGAGUGCCGUGGGCCCUGACAACGGCGAGCAGUGGGAAGCCGUGCGCGGCGCGGAAUGGGGCGGCGGGGUGGCGGGAGUGGUGGGGUCAGCGGGGGAAGCGGUCGCGGAGAGCUCGCUGCGCGCCUCCAACGGCACGCUGGCGGCGGGCGCGGCGGCGCGUGCACAUCAAGGCCUAUACCGCUGCGCCGCCGACAACGGCGUCGGACCGCCGCUGCUCAAGCACGUCAACAUCACCGUGCACGAGCCGGCACACUUCGAGGGCAGCGGCGGCAACGUAUCAUGCGUGCGCGGGCGCAGCGCGGCGCUUGUGUGUCACGCGCGUGGGGAUGCGCCGCUUGCGCUGCACUGGACGCACCGUGGCACGCGCCUCGACCUCGCCUCAUACAGAUGGACCGUGUCGGAGGUGCGCACGGCGGGCGGCGUGCGCUCCACGCUGCAGGUGCGCGCCGCCGAGCGCGCCGACGGCGGCGAGUACCGCUGCCACGCGCACAACCAGUUCGGCCGCUCCGAGCUGCUGCUGCACCUGCACGUCGAAGAACCCCCGGAGGCGCCGCGCGGCGUGCGGCUGGGCGGAGUAGGCGCGCGAUGGGUGCGCGUGGAAUGGCGCGCGGCCAGCGUCCACGGCCGCUACACGGCGCUGUGCACGGCGCUACACGCGCUGCCCGGCGCCGACCCGCCGCACACCACGCACAACCUCACGCUGGACGUGCCGCCAGACGACAGGGUGGAGGAGGACGGCAUGCGCACGCUGGCGGCACGGCUGGACGGACUAAGGCCCGCCGUCGCGUACUCGCUGCGCCUCGCCGCCGCCAACCAUGUGGGCCAGUCACCGCACUCUGAACCUUUGCUCUUCACUACACUUGAUGAACCACCCACGGGUUCGCCGCAGAACGUUAGAGUGAGGCCGGCCAACUCCGGAGAGUUGCACGUGUCAUGGUCGGCGCCGCCACAAGACACUUGGAACGGCGAACUGUUGGGCUAUGUGGCCUCGUGGCGCGAGCUCAGCCGUUUCGACGAGGACGACCAUGAUGAAGCAGGUGCGGGUGCGGGGGAGGCGCAGCGCGCGGGGAGCGCCACCGCCGGCGGCUGGAGCAGCGCCGAGCUCACGAUCACCGGGUUGCGGCCCGCCGCGCGGUACGCCGUCACGCUGCGCGCGUACAACCGCGCCGGCGCCGGGCCGCCUGCGCCGCCCCUCUACGCCACCACUGCCGACGGAGUACCAGAGUUACCGCCGCGCCGGGUCACUUGUGAAGGUGUGUCAGCUCGCUCGGUGCGCGUGCGCUGGACACCGCCCGCGCAUGCGCACGCGCACGCACUGCGCGGGUACGACCUGCAUCUACUACCCGUGCAUUUUUCCACAUCGUGGAACGGCGCGGCGGAGUCGCAGGUGGCGCGCGCCAGUGUCACCGGCGAGGCGACGCUACAGAGUCUGCGCGCUGCCACCAACUACUCGGUGUGGGUGCGCGCCCGAGCGGAUCGCGGCCUGGGACCGCCCUCUCCGCCCAUCUACUGCUCCACGUUAGAAGACGGUUGGCAACACUCGAGUCCUUUACUCUUCAACAUGAUAUAA